AUGGUGCCAUUCUCCAAGGACGGGCAGUGCACCUCCGGCAAACUGGUUGCUGGUGUAUCCGAGCACUGUCCUGCUCUGAGCAUCUACCUUCGGUCUGCGGUUUUUCUACGGUGCCACUCAAUACUCUCUGCUGAAGCGCUGACAGGGUGGGUCCCUCUCCUGGAUGGAAGCAGCCAGCUUGCCGUUGCAGCAGCCACAGACGCCAGACGCGUGAACACGGCACAUGCUUGCCGCAUUGCCCUGAUGAGGUCUGGUGUUAAACACAAUGUAGACCCCACCGCAUAUGUGAACAACAGUCAACAUGUUUCGCAUUCGAAGGACGCCCGCAGUAUGCAAAGGGAACGGAACAGUUGCAAGUAUCGCAAUUGUAGAGGACCCCUGCUCUGCCGCGCGGUCAAGAUGAGGUAUGACAACAGUGGUGCCGUGCCUGCGCAGCCAACCUUUGAUACCGUCUCGUUCGUUGAUGAGGACCAGAGUCUCGAUGCUUCAGGGCAGGUGUGCAGCGGUGUGCAGGUGGUUCCACGUGCCUGCUAUGGCCUGCUCGUGUCUUUGGCGUCGAUUCUGCAUCUCUUGUGCCCGAUCUGGAUGUGGACACUGGCCGCUAACACCGACUUCGGGCACAUCACGCAUUACUCUGUUUACCUUGCCGAGGACCAGGCGGGCCUGAACAAGAUUGCCUUCGGUGAUCCGGUCUCAUGGGAUGUCGCGGAAGUGGUCGUGUCUACAGGCAUCGAGCUGAACAGCCGGUCACAUGUGGUGAUCUAUGCAACAAAUUCGUACGGAGACUCUCUCUUACCAGGCAACAUCGUAUCUCCCACCGGAACAUCCUUCGAGUUUGCGGAUCUGGGAGGAUCAACCACCACCAGCUCUACGACUGCAACCUCAACCGGCACCACGACAUCAGAGUUCACGGUGAGGGUCACCAACGUUCAGUUCUUCGAUACGAACGAAGACUACUUCCGCAUCGGUGGAACUGUGAGUUGGGACGAGCCAGCGAACACAGCCGGCAUUGUGGAGUACCGUGUGAGAUUGGCAUUUGACGUGGAAGCGUCUAGAGAGCAGCUGGUCUACGAGCCGAACCUCGGCUUCGCGACGGCUGUGCCAGUGGGGACUUCUUCCUUCUACAUUCUUGACAACACGGCAAGGAGAUUUUCGUGCUGUGAUCCCUCUGAGUAUCCCGCGGCAUGGAUUGUCGUGUACGCUGUCAAGGACGGAGGUCAGCAACAGGCCGCCAUUUGCGCCGGCCAUGUCCUGAUCAAGGACAACCAGACAGCGCAGGUGGCAGACAGCAUCUACGUCCAAGAUCUGACUCUUGUGGAUAAUACGCCUGAAGCACAAAUCAACAUCACGCUCACUGGGGACUUGUCAUGGAACACGACCGGCCCCGAAUAUCCAGCCGUUGGUGAGGAUUGGGGCCUCAUAGAGACCUGGGACAUCUACCUGGCUCAGGGUUCCCAGCUGGCAACCAGCGCGAGGUACAUCGCCAGUGUUCCGCUCACCACCAAGACGUACACAUUCAACGCAGAGCCGUUAAACUCAGGUGAUGAUGCGAUAAUUGUCUACGCAUCCAAUACGGUUGGGAAGGCACCGUUCGGUAGUGUCGUCCAAUUCGGCCAAUUCGGAAGCCUUCAGACGACCUCCACCACGACAGUCUCCUCCACGUCGACGAAACCUCUCACUUCGCUGUAUGGGCUGACUGUCACCUUCACCGACACGGACACGAAUGCGGAUUCUUUACUAGGCACAAUCACUUGGCAGCCUCCCGUGGAUCCAUCGUCACUGACUUCGUAUAACAUCUACAUGGCCAGUGACCAGCAGGGCAGCCAGCAGGCUCCACUCGCUGUGGUAGCGUCGCCAACAACCACAUACACAAUAUCUACGCCGGCCACGAGAACGACGGGCAGUGCAUCUCCGGCAAACUGGUUGCUGGUGUAUCCGAGCACUGGUGGGUCCCUCUCCUGGAUGGAUGCAGCCAGCUUGCCGUUGUAUGACAACAGUGGUGCCGUGCCUGCGCAGCCAACCUUUGAUACCGUCUCGUUCGUUGAUGAGGAUCCCACAGGCAACUUCGCCUCGGGAACUGUCAGGUGGACACUGGCCGCUAACACCGACUUCGGGCACAUCACGCAUUACUCUGUUUACCUUGCCGAGGACCAGGCGGGCCUGAACAAGAUUGCCUUCGGUGAUCCGGUCUCAUGGGAUGUCGCGGAAGUGGUCGUGUCUACAGGUGGUGAUCUAUGCAACAAAUUCGUACGGAGACUCUCUCUUACCAGGCAACAUCGUAUCUCCCACCGGAACAUCCUUCGAGUUUGCGGAUCUGGGAGGAUCAACCACCACCAGCUCUACGAAAACUGGCAUCACGGUGACCCACACUUCAGCAACUACUCGACAACCUCCAGCACAUCCGCGACCGUUCCGCCACUCCAAAGUAUCAUGGACGCUGCGAGGGCCGCAGCGGGGCAAGCCGCGAGCGAGGGGAAGUCCUUAGCGGAGCAAGCAGCUUUGGCCGGAGAAGCUGCUCGAGAAGCUGCAGCAGCCUUGAGCCUCAGCAUUCCUGAGCAGGCAGCAAUGGCUGGAAUGGCUGCUGCUACGGUGGGCAGACAAGCUGGGAUGAACACCACAGAAGCAGCAGAAGCAGCCGGUCUUGCAGCUGGAGCCGUCGGAGCUCACUACAACUUGUCCCUCCAGGAAAGGCUGCGGGGCUGGCUGCGGCCACUGCAACAGCCGAAGCUGGGGACCCCGCCAGUGAGCAGGCAGCUGCUGCUGGUACUGCGGCCGCCGACGCCGUCCACGUCUUUUCUGGGACUGCUUCUGCAUCAGCAUGAGCUCAACGUCUCAACGUCAUCACUUCUGUUUUUCCACAUUGUCAGGACGCCGGAGGAGCAGGCCUUGGCAGCUGGCGCAGCGGCCGCCACUGCCAUGGCUGCUUGGGGAGGGACGCUAGACGAGCAGUGGCCAGCUCAGAACAACGGCACUUGCAUCCUGUGCUGCCUCACGUUGUCCUCACGUCUCAUGCGAGCCAGUCUAUGUCUGGCAUCCUCCGAGGAUCCAGGACUGGCAGAUGGACGAACGCUGGGGCAAAUUGCGGCGCUGGCAGCUGUAUCCACCGCCGCCUUAGCCGCCAACGCCACGCAGCAGGCAAGGGCUUCGCGUUGCGUCCAGGACAACAUGCCCUCAACUUGUUUGUGUCUUGUCCUCCUCUAUCAGGUGGCCGACGAUCUCGCAGCCACAACGCUGGGCAGCUUGCUUGGUGCACUGUCGCCGGCAUCCAAUCAGACCAACACGGCCAACCAGACAUCUGUGCAGCAGGCCUGGGAUCGUUUGUGUUUUUUGGCGAAUUGCACACUGAAAAUUGUCGAAGGGUUCUGGUGGAAGACGAAGAAGCUCGGUGACUCUUUGCCGAUCUGGCAUGCUAUGCUGCGUCAGGCGAUUGCAGCCGGUGCCAGUGCGGCUGUGGUUGCUGCCAGCCUUGGCAUGACUACAGAGCAGCAGAUCACGGCAGCUGCACAGGCGGCCAUGACGUCCGGCCAGCGCGCUUUAGAUCAGGAUGCUUGA